UCCUAGCAGCGCUGAAGCGGUUCGCAGCUCGUCGCGGCAAGCCCCAAUUGAUAAUGUGCGAUAACGCAACGACCUUCGUCGGAGCGAAACGGGAGCUAACCGAGCUGCAUCGACUGUUUCACGACCAGAAGUUCCAAGAGCAACUUAUCAAGGACACCAGUUCCGAUGGCAUCGAGUUCCGAUUCAUCCCUCCCCGCACGCCAAACUUCGGCGGCCUCUGGGAGGCGCAGGUCAAGUCCUUUAAAGGGCACUUCAAGAAGGCUGUUGGAACCAAGGUUUUGAAGGUGGACGAAAUGUUGACUGCACUGGCGCAGAUCGAAGCGGUCCUCAACUCACGUCCACUAACCCCAAUCAGCAGUGAUCCCAGCGAUUUCGAGGCUCUAACUCCAGGGCACUUCCUGGUUCAGCGACCACUAACUGCCAUCCCGGAGCCUGAUUUGCAGGAUCUUCCCACCAAUCGCCUGUCGAAGUGGGAAACUGCUCAGCAGGUGUCACAGCAGGUCUGGAGCAGGUGGUCCACACAAUACCUCUCGGAUCUCCACAACCGCACCAAGUGGACCAAACAGCGGAACAAUAUUCGUAUCGGCACGAUGGUCCUGCUCAAGGACGAGAAUGCCCCUCCUCUGAAGUGGCACUUAGGCAGGGUCGUCAAGGUGUUCGAAGGGUCGGACGGCAACAUUCGUGUCGUCACGGUCCGCACUAAAGACGGAUGCUUCGAUCGAGGAAUCUCGAAGGUCUGUCCUCUUCCUAUCCGAGACAACGAAGAGAGCCCUCAACUCUCACCCGCAUAAGUCACUCGCCGAGUGCACACCGGUGUUACGGCACCAUCCAAGUUUUUCUAAUCGUCUCAAGAGCAAACAAGGUCAACACCACAGCGUUCGCUACCGUCUCUCAUCCGGAGGAAUCCAUGGUAACCCCUCCAACAGCCGUCGUCAACCGUUUGGCAGUGAGCUUGGCCAGCUCGCAUUGCCGAUCAGCGAAUCGAUGGCACGAAGUUACGAAGUCAAAGAAGAGUGGUCAUCCGACCGCAGAAGCACCUACGCCCGGCAGAGACUACCACCCAGGUUUACACUCUACGGAGGAUCCUCAGGCGCCGUUCUUGCCUGGGUAGGUAAGUUGUUCCGGUUUUCAAAUUUCUACGCACAACCACUACAUCCAAUCCUUUUCGAGGAAACCACCAACCAAACCAUCACCAAACGCACCACCACUACGAAGUACCGGAAGCAGCAAGGAAGUAAGCCAGCCAUCAACCGAUGGAGUGGCGCAAGGUCGUACCAGACGAUGACCCCGACCGAUCCAAAACGAAGCACCGUGAAGCCCAUUGAAGUCACUCCGAAGUCCCCGAAUCCAGUCAAGCCACCGUAGAAGAAGAAGAAGAAGCCAUCCCGUUGUGCACCCGGCACGGCAUUCCUGGAGAUAGCCCCACACUAGGAAGCGCACGUGAGCCCGAAGUCAACGUGUAUCGGCGCCGGAGGCGCAUAGACGUAGCAGUCCAUCAGCAGUUCCCCUCCGCACGCACCCGCGUGGCGAUGUCCCGUCGGCAAGGGUCGGCGAAGUUCAUCCGUAGCAGCAACAGAAGCAAAGUGAAUUCCAAAACAUGUUCCAAUAUUGUUAGAUGUAAGCAAGUGAAGAUCAGUAGAAGUAGAAAUUCGAAUGAAAUUUGUAAUAAGCUCUUGUUUGAAACCCGUCUGGUUUCAAGGCGGCCGGCAUGUUCGGUCCGAGAUUGUGAACCACUGGUUCUGGUCUCUUUAGAUCGCUUUCAUCUAACUCAUGAGAAGAGUAAUACCUCUCGCUUCUCGAGAGCAACCCCGAAGUCGGGCAAGAUCACUUUGUACGAAGUUUAAAUAAAUUAGUAUGCACCCAUUCGUCAAACGUAUAACACGCGUUGUGUAUUCGGUCCGGUCCGGUCCGGCAAUAAAGUCUAGUGCCCACAACGCGAGUGUUUUUAUUUCCACCGUUGAAGAAAGGUCGAUGGACGAAGGCAGAGGUCAAGGACCUCUGAAGUGACCCGCGUUUGGACGGACUAGUUUCUACAGUCCACUUUAUAAGGUCCGUGCCAAAACACA